CUCACCCAGCGAUCACUCAAAUCACUCAAACUAUGAGGACUGAACGAAGUCAUUCAACUGUGUAACAAAACGGAUACUUACAAUGCCUCAGAAAUCUAGGUCUCACAGUGCCAGACCAGUGAAAAAGGGCAAAAGGAAGAGGUCAUCCAAAAGGUCCUCAAGUGCCAAAUCUGCAAAGAGGGAGGUGGACAUUUUCAGCCCAGCUGCCAUGGAGAAUGUCUACUACAUUUCCCACAAUGCAGUGGAUUGUCUGGAAUUCAGAGGUUUUGCUUGGCCAGAGUCGAAAAAGAAAGGGAAGAAAGGCAAAAAAAAGAAAAGUAAAAAAUGAGUAACUCAUUAGUGGUGCCAGAACUUUUAAUAAAAAAUGAUUUUUUUUUUGA